UACAUGGUGUGGAUAUCAAAAGAUUGUUGGUCUAUACAAGAGAGGUAGCAAAGUAAUCUAUUGGCAAGAUUAUAGAGGAGAAUAUAACUUCUUCGCCAAUAUCUUUUAGCUUUCUUUUAUAGUGCUAUUUCUUUUUUGAAGAAAUGAACAUUGUAGGAAAAUUUAGAAACGAGGAACUUCAGUGUGUUCGUACAUUAGAAAGGUCUUUUUCCUUUCUCCUCCGUUGAACUUGACUAGGUUCAAUUUGCAAGAAAGAGAAGUACAUUCUAUAACUAGAAAGUCAAGCUUAUAGGCACACAAGAAGGUGUAAGGUAUAGGUAAAUGACAUAUUCUUGGUCGUUCCAUUGUCCGACAUGCUUCUAAGUGUUUUUACAUAUAUCUUACUACUUACCUCUCUCAUCCUUCUAAGUUCCGUUGUCCUAUGCCUUUAAUCUACUGCCUCCACUCAAAACAGGACCUUGUUUGCUCGAAAGGACACAAUCUUGGCCAACCUUUUGAGUUCUACUUCUCUAGAUUAAAUCGUAAACUCUUUCGGACCGUUAGUUUCACUUGCUUGGAGCAAAGUUAUUAGUCAAAAGCCACCAGGAGCAUGUUACCCCUGCGAUUUUUCGCUUUUCUCUUUAUAGUUACAUUACUACUUAGCAGUGGAACGUAUUCUCUCUCACAUAAAGUCGAAGAUCGACAAGAAGAAAAUGACCAUCAGAAUAAUACUUGGCAAGAAACGCAUCAUGAAGAAGCUUGUGGAGAGAAAUGUGGGAAUUUUCACAUACCAUUUCCAUUCUACAUGAACCAAUCCAACUGUGGCUCUUCACUUUCUGAUGCAUUUCGCCUUUCUUGUAUAAACUCCACUUCACUUUUCCUCAACAUUGGUUCUCAAACAUAUCAAAUUCUUCACUUCUUCUCCGAUGGCAUGCUCGUAGAUUUCCCAAAUACCACUUUUUGUCGUCAAUACAACGACCUCAAAUCCUUCGGAUUUAAAGGAAAUAACUACUUUGGCAUAUCUAGAGAUAAUAUCUUAGGGCUCUACGACUGUGAGGAUUCAUCUUUGUGCAAAUCAGAUUGCGAGAAAAACAUAAUGCCUCGUUGUGAUGGAUCUCCGGGUAGUUACCCUGCGUGUUGCUACCCGUUAUCUGAUCACAGCGUUUGGAAUGCGGAUCAGAGAGAUGGUUUCUCUACUUUUUCGCAGUUUGGAUGCAGGGGAUUUUCGUCUUGGGUUGUUUUAUCUGGAAAUCAAGUAGGCAAACGUGGUAUUAAGUUAGAGUGGGCUGUUCCAAGAAAUUCAACCACAGCAACUUGUGCUACUAAUGCUGAUAUUGUCAAUGCAACUACUGUUGCUUCUGGUAUUAGAUGCAAAUGCCAAGAUGGAUUUGUAGGUGAUGGUUUUGCUGUUGGAAUUGGAUGUCUCCAAUCUUGCACUAAAGAAGGAAAGGAAGCAUAUGGAAAAGCAUGUUCUUCAACAAGUCAUGGUAGAAGGAAAGCAGUAAUUCUAGCUGGAGUACUCACUUCAGCGCUCACCAUCACCUCCUUGACAGCACUUUUCUGUGUUUUACGACGGCCUAUGAAGACAGACAUAUUCGAUCAUCCUAGUAUGACUCGCAGUCAGGGUAACAUCUCAUUCCAGAAACCUUGUACUAUCCGAAUGUUUACUUACUAUGAGCUAGAGCAGGCCACUAAAGGUUUUCAAGAUGAUCAAAUACUUCUUGAUCAUGGUGGCAAAGCUACACUAUAUUCUGGAACUCUAGUGGAAGGAUCAGCUAUAGCUGUACACAGACUACAAUGUGAUAGUGAACGAGAACUUGUCGAGGUUUUGUCCCGAGUGGAGGCAUUACAUGCUGUUUCAAACAAGAAUAUUGCCCAGAUUAUUGGAUGGUCUGUUGAUUCUGGAUACACCCCAUUAGUGGUGUAUGCUUAUCCUGUUAAUGGAACGCUCGGGGAACAUCUUUUUCGAGCUAAAGAUGAGACAAAAAGAGGUCUUGAUUGGCACCAGAGAAUAAACAUUGUUGCUGAAACAGCAAAUGUUCUUGCAUUCCUCCAAUCUGAGGUUUAUCCCCCCAUUGUACAUCAUGAACUUAAUGCCAGUUGCAUCUUCCUAGAUGAGGACUUGACCGUGAAACUCUUUGGACUCGAGCUCUCCACAAAUACAAGCACUGAUUACAAAAAGCAAAACGACGUUUACAACUUUGGAUUGGUCCUUUUGGAGGUUAUCACAGGUAGCAGAUCGGAUCAUGUUCCAUCAAAGAUGGCUUUACAGAAGAUAACAAGCGGGAAGUUAGAAGAGAUUGUAGAUCCACAUCUUUAUUAUCACGAGCAGCCUAUUUUUCGAAGGGAGCAGAUAGAGAUAGUUGCAGACCUUGCAACAAGAUGCAUAAUAUUUGGUUCCCAAGAUGGCAAAUUUCACAUGGGAGAUGUUGCAAAAGAACUGGUUCACAUAUCAAAAGAUGGAGUUGAUGGUAGAAGUAGGAGAUGUCCGUCGACUCAUAAUCUUGAAGAAACUUUUUCCAAUUCAAGUCUUCUUCAGAUGAUAUCUAUGUCUCCUGAUUCUAUACAUGUCCCUGCCAGAGGCUUCUCUUAAGCCCCUGCUGUUCUGAAUAAAAGCCACUAUCAAAAUAACAUUCUUGGGCUUUUAUCAUCAUUAAACACUUGCAGUAAUUAUGUAGUUAUCUCCUCCUGCUUUCUCUUAAGUAUACACAAGCAAUCUCUUGUUUUAAUAAAAUUUUCCAAAACCUCAAUGUCUUCAAUCCGUUUGUAACAGUAGCUUUUGUACAUUAUUAGUGUCAGUCGUGUAUUUUC